CGAGCCAGUUAGAGGGAGAGGGGGAGAGAGAAGAGGAAAUGCAGUCUGCGUGUGACUUUUGAAAAGUCGAUUCGAGUUCAGUUGCAGAGCUGAUCUCCAGCUUGACGAAAAUGCCCAACUACACAGUGACUGUGGCCACAGGCACUCAGUGGUUUGCUGGAACAGACGACUACAUUUACAUUACCCUGGUGGGAUCUGAGGGAUGCAGUGAGAGGACCCUCCUGGAUAAACCCCUCUAUAAUGACUUCGAGAGAGGAGCGGUGGACUCAUAUGACAUCAGUGUGGGAGAAGACCUGGGUGAAAUCCAGCUGGUGAAAAUUGAAAAGAAGAAAUACUGGGUGCAUGAUGACUGGUACUGCAAAUACAUCACGGUGAAGACGCCCUAUGGAGAUUACAUCGAGUUCCCCUGCUUUCGCUGGUUAGUUGAUGACAAAGAGGUGAUCCUCAGAGAUGGAAGGGCUCGAUUGCCACAGCAUGAAAAGACAGGAGUGGCAAAACAGCACAGGCGCAAAGAACUGGAACAGAGACAGAAGAUAUACAGAUGGAAGGAGUGGCACCCUGGCUUCCCUAUGAGCAUAGAUGCCAAAGCCCAUAGUGAGCUUCCAAGAGACAUUCAGUUUGAUAGCGAGAAAGGAGUUGACUUUGUGCUCAACUACAGCAAAGCAAUUGAAAAUCUCUAUGUAAACCAGUUCAUGCACAUGUUCCAGUCCUCAUGGGGAGAUUUUGCAGACUUUGAGCGUAUAUUCAUGAGAAUUAAGAAUACAAUAUCAGAGUAUGUGAUGGAGCACUGGAAGGAAGACUUCAUGUUUGGAUACCAGUUCUUGAAUGGCUGUAAUCCCGUGGUCAUCAGCAAAUGCACAGAAAUUCCUGACAAGUUUCCAGUCACACAAAAGAUUAUCGAGGACAGUCUGGAGAGGGGUCUUACACUGGAAGAAGAGCUCAAGGAAGGAAACCUCUUCAUUGCUGACUAUGAGCUUUUAGAUGGUGUAACUCCAAAUGCCACGGACCCAUGCACACUUCAGUACUUGGCUGCACCCAUCUGUCUGCUUUAUAAGAACAGCCAGAACAAAAUCAUGCCAAUCGCCAUCCAGCUGAGUCAGAAACCAGGAGAGGAUAAUCCCAUCUUCAUCCCGACUGAUGAUGAGUACGACUGGCUGCUGGCCAAGAUCUGGGUCAGAUCUUCAGACUUCCACGUACACCAGACAGUCACACAUCUUCUCAGGACACAUCUGAUAUCUGAGGUCUUUGGCAUAGCAUUGUUCAGACAGCUGCCUGCCGUUCAUCCUGUUUUCAAGUUGCUGUUACCUCACAUCCGUUUCACCAUUGCCAUUAACACCAAAGCUCGCGAGCAGCUCAUCUGUGAAUGUGGACUCUUUGACAAGGCUAAUGGGACAGGUGGAGGUGGCCAUGUAGAACUGGUCCAGAAGUCCAUGAAGACCUUCACAUACAGGUCCUUGUGUUUCCCAGAGGCCAUAAAAGCACGAGGCAUGGACAGCCAAGAGGAUCUGCCCUACUACUUCUACAGAGAUGAUGGCUGCAGCGUCUGGAAGGCAGUGACAAGUUUUGUGACAGAUGUAGUGGACAUCUACUAUGACAAAGAUGAGACCGUCCAGCAAGACGAAGAGGUCCAGGCUUUUGUGAAAGAUGUUUGCAGCUUUGGAAUGCAGGAUUGUGACUAUUGUGAGUUUCCCAAGAGUUUACAAACCAAGGAGCAGCUGGUGGAGUAUCUGACUAUCGUCAUCUUCACUGCUUCUGCACAACAUGCUGCAGUAAACUUUGGACAGUUUGACUGGUGUUCAUGGAUCCCGAAUUCUCCCCCGACCAUGCGGAAGCCUCCUCCUACGAAGAAGGGUGAGGUGGAUCUGAAGUACGUAGUGGAGAGUCUGCCUGAUCGAGGACGCUCCUGCUGGCAUCUGGGGGCCGUGUGGGCCCUCAGUCAGUUUCAAGAAAAUGAGUUGUUCCUAGGUAUGUAUCCAGAUGAACACUUCAUUGAGAAACCUGUGAAGGAGGCCAUGGUGAAAUUCCGCAAGAAUCUCGCAGAAGUGGUUAAAGUCAUCAAGAGCCGAAAUGAGGGAAAGAAGCUGCCUUACUACUAUUUUUCUCCAGACAGAAUCCCGAACAGUGUGGCUGUCUGAUUCUCCAGUCACAUAAGACUAGAAGUGCUAUGCUAGUAGUAGGAAGUGUUUUAUCAGAGUUGUUUUAUUGUUAAAAAUUGGCAAAAUAAAUUAUUUGACACAUACAAAGUUUAUCGCACUCUUAAAAAUAAAGUUUCUUUAUUGGCAUCUGGGGUUCCAUGAAGAACCUUUAACAUCUACACAAUUCCAUCGCUUGUUAGGGAACCCAAAAUGGUUCUUCACUGUGAAACCACCCCUGUGGAAUUUUUAUUUUUAAAAGUGCAUGUGUAAUGUAGAGGUGUUUUUAAAAAUUCUGUAUAAUUAACUUUUUUGUAGUAGUAGUAAUAAUAAUAAUACAAUAUGCAAUAACAGUUAUAGCCAGAAAUUAUUUCAUGCUUUUUUAUUUUCCUAAUGUCAACAUUUUACUUUACCCACAUGUCAAACAAAUGUUAUUUUUAUAUUUAUUUUAUUUUUCAGCAACAUUCUUCAAGUUAAAAGUGACACUUCAGCAAGUGUCAGCUUCAUUCUUGAUUACAAGGGAAUCUUCUUUGCUUGUUUUGAAAAUGGCAGAUUAACAGAUUAAAACAGAUUGUUAUAAUUUACUUUUUUUUAGAUCGAUUAUUAUUAAAUAAUUUUGGAUAAAUCAUGAGCAGUAAACUGAGAAACACACAAGCUUUGCAGUGAUUGGACAACUUGUCUAUUAUUUGUGAAUAAAUGGGCAACUGUUUGCAACACUAUUGCAACA